AUGUCUCGUAGAUCCUUAAAAAGACGUAUCAGGCGACAAAAUAAGAAGGGGACGGUGUUCAAGAAGGCUCGAAUCGACCAAGAAACUGCAGUUCCGCAACACUUGUUACCGUUCCAUAUGACGUCAUCACAGCAGUUUCAACCACAACAGCAGCAGCAGUUCUUUGCAAGUGACGGAAUGUCAGUGACUCAGUUGCCUUAUAGAAUGUUCGACGAAAACAGUAAUGCCGCUGGAACGACGCCUGUAGCUUCAUCGCUUGCCGCCACGCCUAAUGCCAAUCUCGUGUCACAAGUGUUCAAUGUGAAAGACAGCCGAUGGUUACAGGUGGAAGUUUGCCGCGAAUUUUUACGAGGACAAUGCGCACGAUCGGAUCAGGAAUGCAAAUUUGCUCAUCCACCGCCUAAUGUCGACGUUCAACAAGGACGAGUAACCGCUUGCUACGACAGUAUAAAGGGAAGAUGUACACGAGAAAACCCGAAAUGCAAGUACCUCCAUCCACCACAGCACAUUAAAGAUCAGCUACUGAUAAAUGGAAGGAAUCACUUGGCGCUGAAGAAUUUGCUCUCCGCACAGCUUAAUCAGACUGGAACUCCAAUGGUUAAUCCAAUGAUGGCUUUACAACAACAAGCGGCCGCAGUAAACCUGAUUCCCAACACACCAAUUUACCCACCCUACUACAACGGCAUGAUGUAUCCACAAGUACUUCAAGACCCUUAUACAGCAGCGGCAGUGAAUCAGCAGCUACAAACUGCCGCCUUGCUUGGCAACGUCGGAGGACUGCUUUCGGCUCAAUCGGCGGCCGCCUUCAUGGCCAACUCGUCGGCAGCGGCUGCAGCAGCCCAACAAACGCCCUCACCGUUGCUUCGUCUGCAAAGGAAACGAGCGCUGGAAGAGGAGAACACGAAUGGCAACGAUAUGACGUCAGCAGCAGCGGCUCACACACAAUUGCUCUCAUUGGCCGCGGGAGCUGUACCAAUGAAGCGACCAACUCUCGACAAGAACGGAGCAAUGUUAUACUCACCGGUAGCUCAGCAGGCACAACAAUUCAACCCAUACCUGUUGCAAACUCUUCAAGGAUACGUGCCAGCUGUCUCUUUCAGUGGUCAGCUACCGCCUCGCUACUAGACCAUCAAUGUGCAGCUCUUCUCUCCGCUUCUUCCACACCACCACCAUCGAAAACCGCUCACACCACCGCCACGUUUUCUCGUUUUUUCUUUUCCUAUUUCUUUUUCUCUCUCUCUCACUUUCUCUUUCCCAAUUUCUGGUUUCCAAAAACAGUUUUUCUCAGAUGUUUUCCAAUUUCUUUUCACAUAUGUCUCGCCAAAAUCACAUCAAAAUGUGUUCCACCAAGUAUCCAUUUUUCGAAGCAAAAACAAGAAAAACAACAUGUGUGUCAGGGGGUACGGUAAAUCUUUUUGGCUUGCUAUGAUAAUCUAACUUUUAAAACUGAACUUUUAGGAAACAUAGAAAAACUAUCGAUUAAUUUUAAACAUGAUCGGAAAACAGCAAGUUUUUUCUGAUUAUUUUCGAAGAUUGAAUUGUUUUCUAUAUAUUUUAACAUUAAUUUUUCAAUAUUAAAAGUGUGUUGUUUAGCUCAGCCAAAACGAUUUUGCCGCACCCUGUAUGUUUGCUUGUGAAACGUGCUGCUUGGCUUUUCCUUUAAGUUAAUAUCUUUCAAAAUGUUUUUCUUUGUUUCUAAAAUUUUUGAUAAGGAAACGGUAGAAAUCGAAUCAAAUUAAAACGUGCACAAUCACUUGUUUUCUCUCUCUAAACUGAUCACUUUUUGAUUUUUUUGCAAAGUACCAUUUGGAGCUAAUUUUGUUGUGUUUUUGUACCCUUAAACGUUUUGUAAGGCCAUUUAGGUUAUGGCUUUGCAAAAAGUUAACUUUUUUUUCUGAAAAUGUUGUUUGAAAAUAGAAUUAUCCCCCUAAGGUCAUUGGUCAUUUGAAUGACGCUAAACUUGGAAUUGUAGUCAAUAUUUUAUGAAUUCGAAAUUUCUCCUUUGCCGGUUUGUUUCCCUCAAUGUUUUAAUGUUUUACUCUAUCACCCUUUCCAUCGAAUUACAAAAUUGUGUGUUUUUCAUGACUAGUUUUGAUAUGUUUUUUCCCUUCCCCUUGAAUUCCGUAUUGUUCUUGCCCAAAUUGGAACGUUCCCCUCCCUCAAUCAGUUUUAAUCUUUUUCGUUUGUUUUUAUUCUCUUCCUUAAAAAAAUUUCAUUUGUGACAGACUCCUGAAUCUCCAAGUCUAUACUGUUUCACUAGUCCGCAGUUUUUGAAAACUGUCUCCUCUCUCCCACACCACCCACUGAAAUCUACUUUUGCUGUCCCGGUAAUCAGCGGAAUACUAGCGAUUCCGUUCUAUUCACCCCCAUAAUAAAUUUCGUGUGGAUUCUGAAAAUGAAAUAAUAUUCCUUUUUUAAUAAUUUUCCCUAUUUUGAAAAUUUGAAAAUUUCUUUUAUAUACAUUUUUUAUCAAUGUUACUGGAACUGCAAAUGUCCGAAACUUGUCCCUUCCCCUCAUCCCUUUUUUCUGAUUCUCUUUUUCUUUCCUGGCCCUGUGCAUUAUUGCAAUAGGAUACCGGUUGGACUAAACGACCCACCCAAAUUAUUAAUAUUUUUAUUCAAUAAAUCAUUGAAAACUU